GGAAUGUGGCGCAGGAGCCCGGGAUGCAGCUGACAGCGCCUACGGCCACUGUGCGUCGAUGCGCAGGCGUCACCGGCCCCGCAGCGGCGCGCAGGUCACAUAGCAACGGCGGGAGGGGGCGGGACAGGCAGGGUGGGGACCGUCCUCCGCCGAGCCCCCAGGCGGCCCCCCCUCUAUUGCUCUUUCCAGCCCCCGCGGACGCUUAGCAACGGUCGCUAAGGCCGAAGACUGGCACCGCCCCCCGCGCGCGAACACGUCACUUCCGCCGGCGACCCCUUCCCGACCCUGCUCCCCCCCCCACAACCUUGUCGAAGGAUCGGGGCGGCCCGGAGCGGUGCUUGCAGGUCCCUGCUCCCACGACGCGAGACAGCCGCGGGGCACGGGGUGCACGCGGGAGCCUGGGGGCUGCCAUGGCCCCCAGCCACCUGUCGGUGCGGGAGAUGCGGGAGGACGAGAAGCCGCUGGUGCUGGAGAUGUUAAAGGCCGGCGUGAAGGACACCGAGAACCGCGUGGCCCUGCACGCCCUGACGCGGCCGCCUGCGCUGCUGCUCCUGGCGGCGGCCAGCAGCGGCCUCCGCUUCGUCCUGGCCUCCUUCGCCCUGGCCCUCUUGCUGCCCGUCUUCCUGGCCGUGGCCGCCCUGAAGCUCGGCCUGCGGGCACGGUGGGGCUCGCUGCCCCCGCCCGGCGGCCUGGGGGGCCCCUGGGUGGCCGUACGGGGCUCGGGCGACGUGUGCGGGGUCCUGGCUCUGGCCCCGGGCACCCACGCCGGGGACGGCGCCCGCGUCACCCGCCUUUCGGUUUCCCGCUGGCACCGGCGCCGGGGCGUGGGCCGGAGGCUGUUGGCCUUCGCCGAGUGCCGCGCGCGCGCCUGGGCCGGGGGCAUGGGGGAGCCCCGCGCGCGGCUGGUGGUCCCCGUGGCCGUGGCCGCGUGGGGCGUGGCGGGCAUGCUGGAGGGCUGCGGCUAUCAGGCGGAUGGGGGCUGGGGCUGCAUGGGCUACACGCUGGUGAGGGAGUUCAGCAAGGACCUGUGAGCCAGAGCCACUAUCCUCCACUGCCCCAGGCCCAGGCCCCAGGGAACUGGUGGGGGGGUGGAGGUGAACUGAAUUCCCUCUCCCCUACCCCCUCGCUACUGGCAGCUGGGGGGGUGGCCCAGAUGGGGACAGUCCCUCAUGUGGGAUAGUUCUGGCAUGAGCCUGGAGGGGGUGGGGGGGCCUCAAGGUAAGCUGUGGGCAGCUGGCUGCAUCUGCUUCCUUUGUUAAUAAAGCUUGAAGCCGCCAAGGCGCCGUCUUGGCCGGAUGUC